AUGCCCAGAGCUGCCGACCAGAUUCAAACUAGCCGCCUCAGUUCCGGACAGCUUUCCGCUCGCCUGCAGCGCUGUAUUACCGCUCGCAUUGACACUGAAGGCUGGCUGCUCUUCGCAUUUUGGUCUAGCCGCCUCUCAAGCAGCAUCUUGGACAAUAUCGGAAAGGCCGCAGUGGCCAUCAAGCCUGCUGUAUCAUCAUCCAAACACGACAGCCCACAUCCCCCUGACCUAAAGGAGCAAGCGCCCAAACGUGUCACCCUGCUCAAAGAGCGCUCCAAGGCCUCUACGGGUAUGAUCACUGAUGCCCGGUGUUUCAACCGUCUAUGGGGAACAAUCGAGAUAAUCCUAUCGCUUAAGAAACUCAUUGAAAUUGAUGAGUCUUUGGAUGAUGCGGAGGAAUCGAGUUCUAAAGAAACACAGUCUUUUGACCUUUUGGUGGAUUUUUGCCAAGCGGUUGCUUUGCUUGUAUAUCAUAUUUGCGACCAUGCCAUCUUCUUUUCCAGACAUAAAAUUAUCAAACUAUCCUCAGCCACAACGGCCAUUCUUACACGCUGGAGCUUGAGGUCCUUUGCCAUCAAUACAGUCAUGGCAGUGGUGCGUGUGGUCGCGCAGCGUGUGCGGUCACGGGGAGCGGUGGAUAAAAGUUGGAGGAAGAGCCUUGUGCGGACCUCGGCCAUCCUGAUUAUCGCUGUAAAUAAUGCUCUCCCCAAAGGCCCGCUAAACGAGCUGACUCUCUCAAUACUUGGCGUCCUUGGCUCUGGUAUCCUAGCCCAGGGUAUUUGGGAGAAGAAUGCUCUUGCGGUAAAAGCAUAG